AUGGGGGACGAAACGGUGUCCAGGCUGUUCCGCGUGAGACGGACGAUUUUCGAGAUGCUACUCGAUCGCGGGUACCUAGUAGCUGAUCGCGAGCUUCGAUCGACCAAGGAUGAUUUCAGAGACCAAUUCGGGGACGACCCUCAACGAGACGAUCUGACGCUACUGAAGCAGAAAAAAGACAACCCUAGCGACGAGAUCUACGUGUUCUUCCCGGUGGAGGCGAAGGUGGGCAUCAAGACGCUAAAGGGGUACUACGAGAAGAUGAAGGGGUCGGGGCUGUCGCGCGCCAUCAUGGUGGUGCAGCAGAACCUCACGCCCUUCUCCAAGAAGAUCCUUGCUGACAUGGCGCCCAAAUACAUCAUUGAAGUCUUCCAGGAGGGCGAGCUUUUGGUGAAUGUGACGAAGCACGAGUUGGUGCCGCAGCAUGUGGUGUUGACAGAGGAGGAGAAGCACAUUCUGCUGGAGAGAUACACCGUCAAGGAGCACCAGCUGCCUCGCAUGCAGAGGAGUGAUCCCGUGGCUCGGUACUUCGGGCUCAACAGAGGGCAGGUGGUGAAGGUUCUCAGAAACAAUUGUUGCUUUUCAACUGUCUGCUCCUCCUCGUUGAAGCACUUCGUGCUCCGUCGUCUGGCCUUCCUUCCAUUCGGUGACCCGCGAAAAACCCACACGUACGCCACUGCCGUCCGCGAGUGGGGAGCGACAGCCAUCACACCCACACUCCUUCCAUUCGCGAGUAGAAAGCGAGCAAUGGACACCUUUGAGCCGCUGAAAGCCCCCAGGGGGGGCUCAGCAUGGGGCACCCUGCUGGCAGCGCUGGCGGUGGUGGUGCUGCUCGCCUGCGCGCCCCUCUCCUGGCGCCUCAGCACCAAGCCCUGGCGCCCGCACCUCUUCCCGCCAGUGUGCCGCCCGCCCACGCACGUGCACGCACAGGCGGAUCAGCUGCCCCGCUUGUUCAUGUUUAUCGGCACUGAGGGGAGUGGGCAUGACCUGUUUGAGUAUAUCUUCAGCUACCUGCCAGUGAACAUAAGCAUAGACCGUUUCAACCCCGACCUGCACCUCACGACAUCGCCAGGGCAGAAGGUGGCCUCUGCACAGGACCCCACCGGCGCCACUGUCGACUGCCCCAAGCUGCCCUACUCCCGCCACGUCUACGACUUUGGUGUUCGCAUGUCCACCGCACUCAAGUCCAAGCUCCAGGACACCAACUUCUACCUGCGCGCCAGGGACCCCUUCCCCAUGGGCCGCAUUCGCACACCACUGGCUCGCCCCGACCUCAUCUCGCUUGCGACAUUCCAUGGCAUUCUGUAUAACCUCAAGCUCGUGGUGCUGGUGCGAAACCUGACAGACACGGUGCUCUGGUCUGUGCUGAGGCGCUUCCACAACGACGACGUGGGGCUGCAGGCGAGGCUGAUAGAGGACAGCAUGGUCUACAUCGAUGCCUCCCUCAGGACUCUGCCUUGCGGCACCUUCAGCCUCAUCGACGUGGAUGCACUUGUGAAAAGACCCAAGACCGCCUCCACUGCUCUGGCUCAGUUCCUGGGGCUACCCGGAGUAGCCAAGGAGGAGGUGUUCAGUGCGAUACAGCGCGGUAAGGAGAAGUGGGAGCCAACCCUCACAGUGCAGAGUGGGCUGGGGGCAACAGCAGAUGGGGACGAGGCGGCAGAGGUCACAUUCGACGGGCAGGCACUUGAAGUGUUCUUCCAGCAACGCGUGGGGCUGUGGCCUCUGCUGGAUGCAGCUAAGGGGAAACCCGUCUUUGUGCCACGUAACCCACAGGACUGGCCUCUGGAGUAA